UGCCAUCACUAGAGGUCACUCUUGGAAUUGUCCAAUUGGAUUUGUUUACCUUUCGCCAGUUUAAACUUUUCGGUGGUUUUCGCGUGGUAAAGUGACUGAGGAGUCGCGGUGUGAAUUGUGCGAAGGAUCGAGGAAAGCCCAUUGUUUUGCAGAAGUUUUGCCUAACUUCUUUUUGGAGUGUGCGUGUAUGGAUGAGUGUGUGCUGAUGCCUGAAGUCUAAAAAAAGGAAGCGAAUUAACGGUAACGGUAAAACGGCAAAGGUGAAGAGCGAACAGGACAGCGACAGCAAAUGUGGUGGGCCAAGAAGGGCUAAAGAAGAAUAUAGAGGAGGGAAGGCGCUUUAAGGAUCCAAUCGAACAACGACUUGCAACGAAACUUUCCUGCGGCCGGGUGGAUAGUAAUCGAGGCCCACAAACAUUCAAAAAAUUCCCCCAAAUGCUGGCCAUGUAGUACAGUGAACUAACAAAAACAGCAACAACUUAACGAACAACAACAACACCGAGGUGCCCUUAGACAAUCUAUUCGUACAACAGGAACAACAAACUCAACUAACAACAAAUUGAAAUUGAUAACUGCCGAUUUUUUGAACUGACAAUAAGAAUAAGCGAAACUGUAACAACAACAAAGGAACCAAAGUUAAUCGAACCAACCAACCGAACACGGGAUUUAAUCAGUGGAAAACAAAUAAAUUAAACUAAAACACAAACUAAAACUAAAAACGCCAUCAAAAUGGGACGAAAAGUAACCGUGGCGGUGUCCACGCUGAACCAAUGGGCCCUGGACUUCGAGGGGAAUAUGGUGAGGAUAUUGCAGUCCAUUCUGGAGGCCAAGGACAUGGGCGCCAGCUAUCGCACGGGACCGGAGUUGGAGGUUUGUGGCUAUAGUUGCGAGGACCACUUCCGUGAGCCGGACACGUUCCUGCACUCGUGGGAAGUUCUUCUGGAGGUGAUGAUGUCGCCUAUGUGUGAGAAUAUGCUGGUGGAUGUGGGCAUGCCGGUGAUGCAUCGAAAUGUGGCCUACAAUUGCCGGGUGGCGUUCUUCAAUCGCCAGAUCCUGCUCAUCCGGCCCAAGAUGGCGAUGUGCGAUGAUGGCAACUAUAGGGAAUCCCGUUGGUUUACAGCCUGGACAAAAUCUCUGCAAACGGAGGAGUUCGUGCUGCCGCGAAUGAUUGCCCAACAUACAGGACAGCAGACGGUGCCGUUUGGUGAUGCCGUCAUAGCCACUAGAGACACUUGUCUGGGUUAUGAGAUCUGCGAGGAGCUGUGGAAUGUGCGUAGCAAGCACAUUGAGAUGUCCCUAGCAGGUGUGGAGCUGAUAGUAAACAGCUCCGGCAGCUAUAUGGAACUGCGUAAGGCGCACAUCACCACCGAUCUCAUCCGAAAUGCCAGCUUCAAGGCCGGAGGAGCCUAUCUCUUUAGCAAUCUUCGUGGUUGUGAUGGCCAGCGGGUCUACUUCAAUGGCUGCUCGGCCAUUGCCUUGAACGGUGAGAUACUGGCACGUGGACAACAAUUUGCCCUGCAGGAUGUAGAGGUCACGCUGGCCACCAUCGAUCUGGAGGAGAUUCGUGCCUAUCGCGUUAGCCUGAGAUCCCGCUGCUCAGCGGCUGCGGCGGCAGCAGAUUAUCCAAGGAUCCAUUGCGACUUCGAGAUGUCCACGCACAGUGAUAUCUUCAAGACGUCAACGCCUCCGCUUAAUUGGCCAAUUCAUACGCCAGAGGAGGAGAUUGCUCUGGGACCUGCCUGUUGGCUCUGGGACUAUCUAAGAAGAUCCGGUCAAGGGGGAUUUUUCCUACCGCUCAGUGGUGGUGUCGAUUCCAGUAGCUCUGCCACAAUAGUGCACUCCAUGUGCCGGCAGAUUGUCCAGGCUGUGCAACUGGGGGACGCCCAGGUGCUGCACGAUAUCCGUUUGAUUCUGGCCGAUACAGAUUAUACGCCGGAUAAUGCCGCCGGAUUGUGCAACCGACUGUUGGUCACCUGUUACAUGGGCAGCGUGAAUAGUAGCAAGGAAACCAGGAGAAGGGCCGCCCAGUUGGCAAAUCAACUGGGCAGUUAUCACAUCGAGAUCAGCAUUGACUCGGCCGUGAAUGCCUUGUUGGGCAUAUUUAAUGCUGUCACGGGUUUGACGCCUCGAUUCCGGACGCAGGGAGGUUGUGCCCGGCAAAAUCUGGCACUGCAGAAUAUGCAAUCGAGGAUUCGUAUGGUCCUGGCCUAUAUUUUUGCCCAGCUAAUGUUGUGGGUGAGGAACAGGCCAGGUGGUUUGCUUGUCCUAGGCUCCGCCAAUGUGGAUGAGUCGCUGCGCGGUUACCUAACGAAGUAUGACUGCUCCUCGGCUGACAUCAAUCCGAUUGGAGGGAUCUCCAAAAUGGAUCUGCGAAGAUUUCUGACCUAUGCCAUGGAGAAGUUCAAUCUGCCCGUACUGGAGUCCAUCAUAGAUGCCCCACCCACCGCCGAACUGGAACCGCUGCAGGAGAACGGAGAACUGCAGCAGACGGAUGAACAGGACAUGGGCAUGACCUAUGCAGAGCUCUCCGAGUACGGACGCCUGCGCAAACAGUCUUUCUGCGGUCCUUACAGCAUGUUCUGCCGACUGGUGGCCACCUGGAAGGGUGAUCUUAGUCCCAAAGAGGUGGCCGAAAAGGUGAAGCAUUUCUUUCGAUGCUACGCAAUCAAUCGGCAUAAGAUGACCGUGCUGACACCAUCGGUUCAUGCCGAAAGCUAUAGUCCGGAUGACAAUAGGUUCGAUCAUCGCCCGUUCUUGUAUCGUCCCAACUGGAGUUGGCAAUUUAAGGCCAUUGACGACGAGGUGGACAAGCUACAACCCAUCUACACUCCAUCAUCGGCACAGCUGCGUCCCAGCAGCGAUGAUUUGCUCCUGUCCACUCAGAGAUCCUCGCACUUGGAUGACUCCAAGCACUCCUCGCCGUUGUCCUCGGCCUCGGCGUCCGCAUCGAUUGAUGUGGGCAUUUCGACGGCAGCGGUUCCACUACCCGGUGCCGCUGCUCCAGGCGGUCUCUCCAAGAAACCCAGCGGCUAUAGCAAGGUGCACGUCAAUGUUCUCGGCAAGAUCAAGGACCGCACUGGCAUUCCCGUCUAGAAACGACAUACUCGCAAAGUACUGGAAUUAUGUUUUUGUUUUUUUUUUUGGCACAGCUUGAUGUCUUUUGCUGUUAAACAAAGAAAUCAUUGUGGCUUAGAUGAUAUAUUUUCGAUUUGUUAUCAGUCAGCUAUCUUUUGUAACUAUGUGCCUUCUAUUGUUCGUAACUUGUUUCCUUAAGACGUUCGGUGUAUGUUGAUCUGCAUACGUAUAUGGUUAAUGUAAGCCCCAAGUAAAACUUAGCCCUGAUUAGUAUAUUCAUGUUCCUUAGUUGUUGAUUAACAAACGCCUGUAAAACCAAACAAUUUAUGGAAUUGAAAAGUGAUUUCAUUACAAAUUUAUCCUUAAUCCUUUCCUUUAACUACUAAACAUUAAUGCUUUAUAUCCCUUAAAUCUAACUAUUAUUAUAUACAUCAUUUGAAAAUCACCAAAUAUCAAACUUCAGUACUAAGCAGCAGCAAAAGGCAUUAUUCUGUAUAUAUAUACGGAACCCAUACGUGUAGGCCUAGGCGUAGUACUAGCAUUGCUCCUCUACCUAUAUCCAUAUACUAUUUUUUUUGUAGAUCCUCUUCAAUGUAGUUGUCGGCCUUCGUAGCAUCUUUUCCAGUUUGCCUUAUCGAAAAGUCUUUUAUCUUGUCUAAAGCUCAAGCUAAAACAAAAACUGGACAAACUAUUUGUCCGCUUGUCCAAACAAUUUGUACAACAAUCUUUAAAAACGAAAACUAACUAGGCAGUUCUUUGCCGCACAUUUAGUUAGAUAAUAUCAUAAACUUUUUUUUGGUUUUAUAUUUUAAAAAAUAAGAGAUUACUUGUUGUGUUGUUGGUUGUGUACAGUGCGUGUCAAGGGUUAAUGUUUUUAUCAGCCCCAUUUAAAAUUCUAAACUAAACUAUCUUAGACAUUACUUUUUUGUUAAAACGGAUUGGUUAAGCCUUAAAAUUGAAAAGACUAAGUAUAAAUUUUUUACAAUAAAAUAAGUUUUCUAUCAACACCUUAAUACAAAUUUAAAUAUUGAAAGUUAUACUUUAACCAACGCACUGUAUGUUAAAUAAUUAAGAUUAAUUUGUUGAUUAUGAGACAAUUUUUCUAUGUUCAAGAUCGCAGAAAAUUAUAUUGUUAUAAAAAAUCUUAGAAACGUCAAUUAUAUAACCUGUGGUCAGCUAAAGAUCUUUAAACUUUAGACCAAAGCUAAAAAAAAGAACAUUAAUACGAUAUCAUAGCUCGCAACUGUUAGUUAGUCUUUUUAGGUACUUAUACAUUGACUUUGUAUCAACCAAAAAAUGUCCUAAACUUUCGGAAACAAACAUUAAAACUAUUCAUACCUUAAAUUUUUUGUAUUAUCACAAAAAUGAUUUACUAAAAAUGCUUUUCUAAAUGAAUUUGAAAAAAAUUUUACGAACCACUUUUAUCAUAGCUAAACUUUUGUUAGUAAAUAAAAGGCAUACAUUAAAAUAAUUCAAAAUUGUAUUUUGAAUUCAGUAAAUCCACAUUAAGUUUAAAAAUAAGAAAUAUGUAAAAUUCCUGAAACUUGUAAGGACACUUUCCUGGGAGAUGAGCAACAUUUUGUUUGUAGUUUGUAGUUUUAACAUGUAGAUUUAUAGCACAUUGUGAAUUUGAACACUCGCAUCGGAUCGAUUUAAUGGAACACUGAUUAUACACUUCUGUAGAAGUAAAUAUAUACACCA